CAGCUAGAGGUUGUGUGCUAUAUGUAGCAUGUGGGCUAAAGUACCGACUCUGAGGGCAUUUCUUUGGCCAGAUGUAAAACAGUUAAGGAGAUGGGGGAAAAGAAAUGCUGUUUAUUUGAAGAAUGUCUUUAGCUGAAAUGCUGUCCCCUGACAGCCUUUGUGGCCUGUCCUUGCUGUAAGAACACAACAUCUGUAAGGGUUGCUGGGGUCUCUCACCACUGAAAUCCUUAACUGCAGUUCACUGAAAAGGUCAGCCUUGUGGCUCCAGAAGAAGAACUUCCUCUGAUCCUGGGUGCGAUGAAGGUUAAUGCUGUUAGAUGCAAGUCAAAUAGAAGUAGCAAUGUUAUAUAGGUUGCCCUACUACAAGUAGAAAAAGAAUGACAACUUUACUCUUUCACUGUAAGAGAAGGAAUAGUUGUAAGAUGGAGCUGCCUGGCCUUGCUUGUGCUGUUUGGAUGUUUAUUUCCCUUUAUGGACCUCUGUAUGGUUAUCCAAAUGGAAAAGUAAGAGCAGUAUGUGGGAGCAUGAUGCCCCAUCACGGUAGUUCUCCACGAUCAUCACCUGAGCACGUUAUUACAGCAAAUGGGACUGAAUUUAAACCAGGGGACAAAAUCGAAGUUAAUCUGUCUGGACCAGAUUUUGAAGGAUUUUUCAUACAAGCUCGAAAUGCAGAAAACUGGGAUAGUCCUGCAGUUGGCUCUUUUAUAUUAGCUGACCAGAAACUUUCUCAACUUCUUACAUGUGGCCAUACAAAGAACUCGGCAGUCAGUCACACAAGUAAAGCAAAAAAGAAAUUUGUGAAAGUCUACUGGGUUGCUCCUGUAGAUGCACCAAAACAUGUACAGUUCCUAGCCACAGUUGUGAAGAAAUACAAGACUUUCUGGGUAAAGAUUCCUGGUACUAUUGUUUCUCAGCCUAAUGCGCCAUCCCCAACAACACCUUUUCAUAAAACGUCAGAGCCUGUAUCUACUUCACAUCCAAUUUCCUACUUAACAAACCCAUUCAAUGCAUCAGGUUGUGGAAAUACAAAGUUCUGCAUUAGGAACCCAUCUGGCUGUGAUCCUGAAAGUGCUUCCUGUUUUUUUCUGUCCUUCCGACAAGAGAAGAGUUCAGUACUCAUUGAAAUGAGUGGUCCCAGUGAGGGAUAUUUAGCCUUUGCAUUGUCCCAUGACCAGUGGAUGGGUGAUGAUGAUGCAUAUCUAUGUGUUAAUGAGGACCACCAUGUUAGCAUAAGCACUGCCUACCUGAAGGAACGAAGUCCUCCUGUUUUGGAUUCAGAGAGUGCCCUUGAAGAUGUGUCAUGGAGGCUUGCAGAUGGUGUUUUUCAGUGUUCUUUCAGAAGGGAUAUUCAUCUUACUGCUCAAAAAGGGAGGUUUAAUCUGGAUGCCAGUUACUACAUCUUUCUGGCAGAUGGGGAAGUUAGUGAAGGAGGACUAAUACACAAACAUCAUCGUCAGCCUCUGAUCACCAGUGGAACAUACAAUAUCACAGGCCUCCCACAUGAUAUUGGAGGCUCCCGCUCACCUCAACUUAUCAAGGCUCAUGGUGCUCUAAUGUUUGUUGCCUGGAUUACUACAGUUAGCAUUGGUGUUAUUGUUGCACGAUUCUUCAAACCUAUCUGGUCUCAUUCAUACCUGUUUGGAAAGGAAAUGUGGUUUCAGGUGCAUCGUAUGCUUAUGUUGACCACAGUSAUUCUUACAAGCAUUUCUUUUGUUUUGCCUUUUGUAUACCGAGGAGAAUGGAGCAAACAAGCAGGUUUUCAUCCAUACCUCGGCUGUACGGUGAUGGCCCUGGCAUUUUUUCAGCCUCUUAUGGCAGGUUUCAGACCAGCUCCGCAUGCACCAAGGAGACAAUUGUUUAACUGGUUUCACUGGAGUACUGGUACAACAGCUAGAAUACUAGCAGUUGUGACUAUGUUCUUGGGAAUGGAUCUACCAGCACUUGACCUCCCAGACCCAUGGGACACCUAUACAAUGUUUGGUUUUGUAGCUUGGCAUGUUGGGAUUGAUGUUCUUCUGGAAAUACACAGCUACUGCCUCAUACGUAAAGUUGAAGUGAUAGAGGAUGACAGAAUACAAAUAUUGCAGUCAUUCACAUCUGCAGAAGCAGAGGGUCAUCUGUUUAAACAGAUUGUGCUAACCAUAUAUGUCUGUGGAAAUAUAGUGUUCCUCAUUGCCUUCCUGGUAGCAAUCAACCAAAUAUGAAAUAAGUCCAUCCAGGAAAGUCUUUGAGAGUUUUGCAAGGAAAUAUUGUUCCUCCCUGAAGAUGCACUAGAAGAAAAAUAGUGCAUGUGCAUCUUGCUCUUGCUCGUUAGGGAGAAUUGCAUUCAAAUCUAUAGAAGGAUUCUGCAGUCCCGCCUAAGCUGUCUCCUGAUGUGAUUUUUAGUGUGAGUCUUUGCCUGAGUAGAAAUGAUGUCUAUAUUUUAAGUGCAGUAAUUUAAGUGAUCACUGUUAGGUAAGAAAUUAAGAAAGCUGAGAAGAUGUGCUGAAAACACUGUUUUAAUAGUUACAAUUCUCUAAACAUUUGGGAAUAUUAUUGAGAAAAUUGAAAAGACUCAUCCCAGAUAAUUUGUAUCUGUUCACUUCACUUGCAUUCUAAUGGCAUGUGACGUGGCAACUUGCUUGUGCCUUAUUUAAAAAAAAAACUGUGACAAUUUCAGAUUGAUGCAUUAGAUCAAUAUUGCUAUGUAUCUUUGCAAUUAGAUGCAAAAACUAUUCUCUCUGCUCUGAGAGCAGUACAAAUACAAGCAGAUGGAUUUGGGAACUUCAGUCCUUUAUUAAAGCCACUAUUUGCAUCACUCAUAAAACACUGCUCUUUCCCCCACAGUGCUUCUAAACCAUAAAGAGCAAAUAUAUCUGCAGUGCAAGUGCUGUAUAAACUAGUUAUGCUGAUUAAAGAAGAAAAUCAACCUCUCUCCCUACACUCCCCUGCAAAAAAACACAAAGAAACUAUCCUUUCUGUCCACUUCUGGUUUCUGAAUUAGUUUUUUGAAUGAGUGUGAUGGACUUAAGCCACUUGAUGGCUACACAGAAGCAAGAGUGUUUGCUCAGUAAGGUUGCAGCUUGGCAGCUUUGCAGUUUGGCUGCAUUGUUGAGUGAAACAGAGAUUAGGAGUUAGUUUGACGUCAGGAAAAGUUUUGGCAGUGCGCAAUGAGAGUCUUCUGAGCUGGCACAUUUUGGAGACUUAAUUGUCCCUAUAAGAAUGUGGGAGAGUGUUUUUAGUCACUAAGAUUUAUCUAAAUAAUAUGAACUAGGUGCAGGGAAUGGAAGGAGGUUAUGUUCUCUUAUUUGCUUAAUUAAGGAAGCUUUUUACAGAGAAUCUCAGAGGUGUACCGUAAUAGGCAGUGCAGUACAGGACUUUGCAGGCAAAGAUGAACACGUAGGUGUUCUUGCAGCCCUAAACAGUUUACUUCCAUAUUUCCAUGCCAUUUUUGUUAAUCUUGAAAGUGUGGCAGUCAAAUAAAACUGUACUUUCUUAAUUGAUUCAGCUGUAGCACCUUGUAGUUUCAGCCAGGGACUAGUGAGCAAACUGGAAAAAAAGAGGUGCUGAGUGAGUUGAAUAGGAUUGUAGUGGAGUUGGAGACUGGCUUGGCAUGGACCUUUUCAGCAACAUCCUUGUGCUUCCUGAUGACCUGGUCUAAAAUAUGGACACAUGAGGAUCAAGUAGUGAUUCUCUCUGUUUGAUUGAGCUGUUUCUUCUGCACCUUUCUUCACCUCCCCGAAUCCAUAGUGCAGCUAGCUGCAGAAGCAGUUCUACAGCAAGCUCCAAGACAAUGUUCCUAGUUCUCUAUCUUCUUUUUGGCCGCUCCAGGAGCCUGUGAGAACAUGUGCAGAGCUGUGAUUAAUCCCAUUGUAAGUGGCAGCUAUAGG